AUGACGUACCAGUCGCAGAUCUCGUUUACCCUUGACACAAUUUGCCCAUGGACGUAUCUUGCCAAGAAACGACUUGACGAAGAUGUCCUCGCUGUAGCACUCCGCCGUUUUCGAGAGACGGAUGAAGCCCAAAAAGUGAAAUUUACAGUCAGAUACUUCCCCUACCAGCUUUAUCCGAAAGCUUCCCAGGAAGGUGAAGACAAGGACGAAUGGUACAAGAAAUCCAGAUAUGGCGACUCGGAAGAAAAGAUGCAGAUGUACACCACAUUGAUGACGGCCUACGGUGUCAGUGCGGGUAUUGACUUCAAAUUUGGUGGAACGGUUGCAAACACCCUAGAUGCGCAUAGACUGAUACAGCACUAUCAGGAGGAGAAGGGCCCUGAAACAGCGGACAAGCUCAUCAAUGCGCUGUACUCUCAAUACUUCGAGCACGAACAGCAUCCGUCAACAGAUGAGACGCUUUUGAAAGCUGCAGCAGCAGCCAAAAUCCCUGAGUCAGAUGUGAAAGCUUUCAUUGAAGAUCGAUCCGGGGGUCUGCCAGAAGUGAAGAUGUUGAUCCGCGAGCAGGCAGGAAAUGGAGUCGAUAGUGUUCCGUACAUUGUAUUCGAAGGAAAGAGAAGAGAUAUAACGCUGGUAGGAGCGAAAGAGGUUGAAGAGUACGAGAAAACACUCCAAACGAUUGUCAAGGAGAGCAAUUAG